AUGAGCACGUCCCAAGACCACCAACAACCCUCCACCAACAACCAAAGCCAAGAGCAACCGCAAUCGCAAGAACAAGAGCAGCAAAGAAACGAGUACCUUGCGCUCCCGGACGCAGAGUCAGCCACGAAAUUGGAUGUGAGCGGGGACGGAUCGACUGUGAAAUUGGAUCACUUGGGACCGGUGGUUGUGAAUCAGGAUGGGACGUUAUCGAGGAUUUCGAAUUGGGAGCAGAUGACGGAGAUUGAACAGAGGAAUACGUUGAGGGUGUUGGGGAAGAGGAAUAAGGCGAGGCUGGAGGCGUUGAAGAAGAGUAAGGGGGAGGGGAAUUGA